ACCGAGGGAAUCGGAGUGAGAGCCGAGAGCGGCCCGAACGCGGCGGGGUCCGUCAUGAGGAGGUUCUUCCGAGCGCACAGGGACGAGGACUACAGUCAGAUCCAGUAUCUGACGGCCAAGUGCACCCGGCUGGCUCACGACAAAGCGGUGCUGGACAGGGAGUCCCUGGUGGCCAGAGACCGGGACAGGAAGCUGCGGAGCGACCUGGAGGCCGCCGCCGCUCGACUGCGCCGCCAGGAGCAGAUGAACGUGGAGCUCAGGGCGAGAGAGGAGCAUCUCAUCGGCAAGAUCCACCGGCAGCAGCACCUGGUGGACCUGCUGCAGCAGCGCGUGGUCCUGCUGGCGGAGGCGAGCUCCCGCGACGGCGAGCUGCUGCGGCAGGUCGGCUCGGAGCUGCUGUGCCUGCAGAGCUCCGAGGUGCAGAUGGAGGGCCUGGUGGAGGAGCUGCACGCCGAGGCCCAGCACAGGGCCGCGGUGGCGGUGGGCCUCCAGACGGAGCUGCGCGUCGAGGCCCACCGCAGAGCCGCGCUGACGGGGGGCCUGCAGGCGGAGCUGCUCAGGAAGACAGCCGAGCUGGAGGAGCUGCAAGGCACCAACAGAACGCUGACGGAGAAGAUGGAGGAUUUACGCUCCGCUCAUCAGAAGGAGGUGAGGGAGCUGCAGCAGGACAACGAGGGCAGUCUGAGGAAGCUGCAGGGGACCGCGGAGCAGUUUGAGUGGCUCUGUCAGCAGCAGCGCCACUGGAUGUGUUGCAUCAAGAGAUUCAAAGACGGCCUGAUGGAGGAGAGAGACGCUCUGCUGCAUCAGGUCAUCAUGCUGAAAAAGAAGGUGGAGAAGCUGAAGAAGAGUUUAUGUGAAGACGGCCCCGCGCGGAGCGCCCACUGCCCCCUGCAGGACGCUGCACGCCGUGACAGCAGCGUGACGUCGUGGGACGCCGACGCGGUGGCUGACCUGGAGUCUCAGAUGGAGAAGUCCAACAUGCUGUAUGCGGAGCUCUUUAACCAGGCAGGGAGCCCCAUCAACGGACACCAAAGACCUCCCUGAGGAACCGAACCGCCCCCGGACUCGUCUUUUUCCUUCCUCGUCCCGCCU